AUGGUCUGUGGAGCUAUGUACAUUCCAACUGUGGACGGACUCAUCGAUAAGCUUACCAACCAAAAACAAUGGCACCACAUUAGGAGCGAGGAUAAUCCAGCCGAUGUGGCAUCAAGAGGAUUAAGGCCGACAGAAAUAUUAUCUUGUGCUAAGUGGUGGAAUGGACCCAGUUGGCUGGUAACGGAGGAACAUAAUUGGAAAUCCGAACCUGAACCAAUUGUUAAAGAAGAAGACCUGCCUGAGAUAAGACCAGUUCGACUUGCAUUAAUAACGACCAACAUAACCAGCGAUUUGCUACCUUUAUACUCAGAUUGGAUUAAGCUUGUCCGCGCAAUCGCUUGGUUAGGAAAAUGCAUAGAGUUUAAGCGAUCCAAGAAGACAGGAAGCAGUUUACCACGGUACCUUACAGUAUCAAAUAUCCGCUUAGCAGAACGUAGACUAAUAAAGGGAGCGCAAGCCGACGAGUUUGGAAUAGACCCCAUGAACCUUCUAGCAGGGAAGUCAAUUCAAAAAAGAAGUGUUCUGAGAACCUUGUGUCCGUUUAUUAGUGAAGAUGGAUUAAUUUUGGUUGGAGGGCGACUUGGGAACUCCGAUAUUGCUGAGAGCCAAAAGCACCCAAUAGUAUUACCUUCAAGGCACAAAGUAACAAGACUAAUAUUUGAGGAGCAACAUAGAGCCAUGCAUCACUGUGGUCCACAGGCUCUCUUGGCCGCUGUCCGGCAACGUUAUUGGCCACUACGAGGUAGAGUAAUGGCACGAUCGGUGACAUCUCGCUGCGUCACCUGUAUUCGCUCAAGGCCACAAUUCGAGAACCCAGUAAUGGCACCCCUGCCUAAGAAUCGCGUGCAAUUUUCAAGACCAUUCACAAUAACAGGUGUUGAUUUCGCAGGACCCCUACUCAUCCGAAGUGGCAUACGUAGAAUAACAGCAAUAAAAACUUGGAUAGYAGUAUUUGUAUGUUUUGCAACCAGAGCAAUUCAUCUAGAGGCGGUAGUUKGGCUCACAAGCGACGCAUUCAUGGCAUCAUUGCGACGCUUCAUGUCCAGACGUGGGAAAUGUAAGAAGAUAUAUAGUGAUAACGGAACAAACUUCGUAGGCGCACAAAAAGAGUUGUCCAACUACGUGAAGGACACUGAAGAUCUCAUGGCACGGGAAGGAGUAGAAUGGCAUUUCAAUCCACCAUCCGCCCCUCACUUCGGUGGUUUAUGGGAAAGCGCCGUAAAGAGCGUAAAAACUCAUUUAGUUCGUGUCGUCAAGAAUACCCGGCUCAAUCUCGAAGAGCUACAAACUCUACUAUGCCAAGUCGAAGCGUGUGUCAAUUCUCGGCCUAUGACUUGA